AUGGGUCCCAAGAUCGCUAACCAAACAAAAGCGCGUACGAUAGCACAGCAUGACUUGUUGUUCAUCCAAACUCUCCCAGCCUGUGUCUGGGACGAUCGCCUCAGUUAUGCUCAGAAGUCUUCACUUUUCUACCAAGAAUGCCAGCCGUCUGUUGCCCGACUUGUCGCAAACUUGAACGACCGGAAAGCGAAGCUUACCACCAAGAGAGCGACCUAUGUCGAGAUACUCCUUCAUCCACAAUCUGCAACGGUCACUAAGGACACAAGCCAAGAUUACUUGAAAGAGGUGGUCAGCAAGCUGAACGAUAUCGAGAUCUUCUUGGUAAAUCUUGAUGUUGCUUUGCUGAGUUGCAACGAGUACAGCAAAUCGCUCCGGGAGCAUGCUGAGUGCUGGCGGAAGGUGGAGAGUGGUGAGGAGCAAAUCAGCAAUGCGGAGAAGGUAAAUCGGGAGUUCAGGUUCAAUGUCAUGUCUGGUUUCAUCUGGAGUCAAUUCAUCCAUUUCGGCGACCUUGUCAAUGGUGUUCCAAGGGAACACCUCAGCUAG